UCGGCGAAGCUCGAUCGUGUAAAUCGCGUCGGUAUCCCGGGUCUUGUGCAAUAUUUGGUGGAAAACGCCACCCCGCGAGGAAAACUGAUGAGCGCGACGACGAGGAUCACCAUGGCAAAGUCGAAACGUGGGUGAACACGAAAAGUAAACAGCAUCGUCAUCGUCGUCAUCAUCAACGGCUAUUUCUUCUUUUGUCAAUGGUAACUACGAUCACAACGAGGACGGUGUGGAAAAGCACUCUUGGAUCGCGGAUUUAGUGCUCGGUGUGGCGAGUUUCAGAACUGAUCACUGAUCGCAGAGAGCGCAGAUCUUCUUCUUGCGUGUCGCGCACUACUACAACCCACUCGGGUUUGGCAGAUGAGCACGCGCGCGUUUCCACUGGCACUAGCAACAACAGCAUCAAUAGCAGCGCCAGUCAUCGUAGUAGUGGUAACAGUAGUAGUAGUUCUCCAGGCCAUCAGGGACUAAAAAUAGUACAAUACGGCCUGGAUUUUUGGGAGAUGUCAUCGUAGCUCAGCGCGGCAGCGGCGUUUGGCAGCCCAGCAGCAACAGCAUUGGCACUUUUCGGCCGAUCUAUUUAUUGCAGAACGUGGUGAUCGUCGCGACGGACUUACUUUGCUCGUAGAGCACUCCAAGGAAAUUGAUCUUCAAUCGAUUCGUAAUCACGCAGAUCGCCGAUAGCAUCUACAAACAGCCAGUGACCAGAACCGGUGUGUGAGUGCGCGUAACCACGGUGUGGAGACAAACGAAUUAUAAUCAAUUUUCCCAGCAACAACCGGAGCGAUCGGUUCGAAUUGGCCAGUACACGAGGAGGACUAGUUUGACCGGCAGACAAUCACUGUCCCAGUCAGUCAAGCAGCACCAGUAGCAGUAACAUCAUGGACACACAUUCGCACAGCGGCGGAGCUACGACCAAUGGGGGAGGUGGAAAUAGUCAGCAAUUUUGCCUUCGAUGGCAUAAUCAUCAGGCAAGUUUGUUGAGCUCGCUACCAAUUCUGUUGGACCAAUCACACCUGACCGACGUGACACUGAUCGCUGAAGGUCGCAAUAUUAAAGCACACCGUGUGGUACUCAGCGCCUGUAGCACAUUUUUUUCCGAGUUAUUUCGGACCCUCGAUGGACCACUGUAUCCGGUGGUUGUACUGCCGGGUGCCUCCUUUCACGCUGUCGUCGCACUGCUCACAUUCAUGUACUCCGGUGAAGUCAAUGUUUACGAGGAGCAAAUCUCAACACUACUCUCGCUGGCCGAGACACUAGGCAUUAAGGGAUUAGCCGACUUUAGUGGUAACUCACACAAAUCCAGCACCCCAACGACUGAGGCUUCUUCGAGAGAAUCGGAAGUUCCAUCACCCUAUCAGGGAAUCAAGAUGGAAUCCCCGGCAGAACCGUUCUUUCCACGUCCGUUCAACUUUCACUCGCCACUUUUUCCGCAGGCACUGAAUCUAGCGACAAACAAUAAUAACAAUAACAACCACAACAGCAAUAGUAAUAACGGUAACAACAAUCCUGACACCAACAGCACAAGCGCUAACAAACCAACAGACCUGCUCACUAGAUUCCUUCCGCAAAAGUGUGAUAUGAUGCCAAACGAGGCGCUUUGGAAGAUGAAUGAAGAAAGUGAGGCUAUAAAUAGAGACAACAAAAUUGGUAGCAAUAACAGCAACAACAACAACAACAACAACAACACCGGUCCCUGCGGCCCCGGUUCUGAGGAUCGACAAGCUGUCAAUGCUAAUUUUAAGAUCGCUUCGAUUAGUAGCCAACAGGCGGUUGAAAAACAAAGCCCUGCCCGAACAGAUACGGAAGCCAUCACUGGUGGCCUUUCUAAAUUUAAUCUCGACAGCACCAAUCUAAACCAACAUUUACAACCAUCCCAUGAUUCCGCUCCUUCAACUCCUUCCAGCAUCCCAGAUGAUCAGCUUCGGCCAGUGUCCCAGAGCACAUGUUCGGGUAAAAAAUCAACUAGUCAGGAGAACAAACGAAAGAAAAUCGAUAAGAUUGCGGAGAAUCUUCGCACACAGAACACGGCCACGGCAGCAGCCGCGGCUGCUGCUGUUGCCGCAGCAUCCUUCAACAAGCACUUGUUACAGUCUUUGAAAUUCUCACCGAGCUCGCAAUCUCUUUCGCCGCUACAUCUAUUUACCAAACCUCCCACCGUAACUCCGGUCAGCAAUCAACAACCAUCAUUUCUAUCUCAUCACUUUCUCACGAAUGAAACCGCUUCAAAGACGCCGGAAAAUCUGAUCCUCGAAUCAUCACAUCCGAGCCCAGGAGCUGGUGCCCUGAACAACUCCAAUUCUUCCCCAACACCAUCGGCUGCAGCAUGUACUUCGUCCGCGACACCGCUAACUUCCUCGAUGGCUAUGGACAUGGCAUCGUCAUUUAGUGCCAACAGUAUGCUCAAGGCCGCCGCUGCCGCCCAUUAUCUCAAUCCCAUCGUAUCUCAACAACAACAACAGCAGCAGCAGCAACCACAAAAACCGCCCACCAAACUUUUCGCCACGUGCUCCAUCUGCAAUAAGCAACUCAGUAACCAGUACAACCUGCGGGUGCAUCUGGAGACGCAUCAAAAUGUUAGAUAUGCUUGCACCGUUUGCUCGCACGUAUCACGCAGCAAAGACGCUUUGAGAAAGCACGUAUCGUAUCGCCACCCGGGAACACCUAGUCCUUGUGAUCCGGACACCAAACGAAAACGUUCAAAGGCAAACCUCGGUCAGAUAAUCAAACAGGAGUUACUCGGGGACUCAAGUACCAUUGGUCACAUAAUCAAACAGGAGAAUCUUAACGAACAGCAACCAUCGACGAUGAUGAGUCCACAGCAGCAACAUCAGCUUCUAGUCAAUCUCACUUCUCAGGCAAAUUCGAUUGUUUCGAUUCCCAAUUUUCUCCAGCAAGCCGCAUCGAUGCAGUCUGCAUUCUCCUCUAAAUCAAUGCUUUUCAAUACAUCGCCGAUUCCAACAUCCUUGGCUACAUCCCUGUCUCAGCACCCGGCGAUUACGGACACGUGCUCAUUUCGUCAACCGAAAGAGCUAGCAUCGUCUGUAACGGACAAUGCUGACCCCAGAGCCUCAUCACCAAUGGAAACAACCACCGUCAAAGUCAACAACGGAUCAUCGGAGAAUAUGGAUGAGGAACAUCCAAACUCGGGCGAUACAUCCAAAUCAGUCGGGCCUUAAACGGUUACAGGAAUUCUUUACUAGUCAUGUUCUUGGAAUACCAUCACUCUAGCAAUAAGUAGUGGAAUGAUUUUAUGAAACAAAACUAUUUUUAUAAAAGACAUUAAUUUAAACAAGUAAACAAGUAAGCUAUUUACACACAGAUAAACCAGGUGAAGAUAACCAAGCCCCUCAUAUGACAUUUUUGUGUUUUUUACCCUAUUUUUUUACAUUAAUCUACUUCCCUAGCUGUGAUAGUCAUUCAAUCGUACAGACUUGAAUUGAACAAACAACUUCAGAGCUGAAUCAUAUCAACCCUGGAGUUCUCUAUCGUCUCCCAAAACGGUUUUCUCAAAUAUUCUUGUAAAUUGACAUUUUUAUCUGUGAGUAGUUAAUCGCUAUCCUCUGAAAACAUGACUUCAAAAUUACCAGCUAUCAAUCAAUAUUCCUGUUCUGAACCAAAAACUUGAAAAAGACACAAACUGUCCCCAUCUUUUCGUCAUAGCAAAGUGCCUUGAAAAUGUGGAUAAGCUUUAGAAAGUAACAAUCAUUGUGUACCAGUGCCUUUCUAUCUGAUAAUAAUUAUAAUAAUAGCACAAAAAGAGAGUUGUUUCGUAAAUUUAGAACAAUCACGUACUAUACUAUCGUAAAAAAAAGAGAUGUGAAACUUGAAAAAGACAGUACCAAGUAGGACAUUUGAAUGUUUUAGUUGUUUCUUUUUAUAAAUUUUUAAAAAAAUAUUCAAAUAUUCUCUAAAUAUAGUAGCAUAAGUGGUAUAAUAUUUUAAACUAAGUAAAUGUUGUAGAGUCACAUUUUGAAACACUGUGCUAGUGGAAUUAAUCGACAUUGAUGGCAAUAUUAUCUUAUAAAUGACACACAUUUAACCUUACUCCAGCGGCCAACUGUAAGGAAUGUUUGGAUUUCUAUAUGGAGAUUACCGAAAUAAUCACGAAAUAAAACUAAAACUUUGGGAUUUGAAUCAAA